CUCAUAAAACUGUGCGGCAUCAACAAUGUGUGUUGAUAUUUUUCUCAUUCUGCAUCAGUAAAUAAGAUGUCUUCUAAAGGUCCAAAGAGAAAGAGGUAUGACUCGGCAGGCCCUGGCCUUCAACUUGAUCCAGCAGCCAAGGAACAAGUUCACAGACUCUUCGAAAAAAAAUUCACGUUCCAUAAACCAGAAGAUGAGAAAUGGAUGAUCAGAAAUUUAGAGAAUCAGGCAGAAGAUCAGAACAGUUCAAAGAUUUCUGAGAAUCUUUCUGCUCUGAAAGUAAAACUGAACAAAUUAAAGGACAGACUUAGUGAUAAAGAUAUUAUAAAAUGGCACACGCACACAAAAUUCCAGCACACGUCUGGCGGUGUCAUGGUGGAAUUAAAAACUUCGUACCAAAUAGAACUUUGUACUCAGGCCUGGUGUAAAUUUUACGAGAUAUUGUCACAGUUUCCAAUUGUACCUGAAGAGAUUUUGAAAGGUUUUACUUCAGUUCAUCUGUGUGAAGCUCCCGGUGCCUUUAUCUCAGCAUUGAAUCAUUUUCUCUAUUGUAAAGGUGUUAAGGCAAAAUGGAAAUGGUUAGCGACAACAUUAAGUCCAUACUACGAAGGUAAUUCACAUGGUCAAAUGAUUGACGACGAUCGCUUUAUCCGUGAAACUUUAGAUAAAUGGUAUUUUGGUGAAGAUGGAAGUGGGAACUUAAUGGAUUCUGUUAUAAUUGAUGGACUCGUAACCAAGGCAACCGAACAUGGGGAUGUUAAUCUGGUUACGGCUGAUGGUAGCAUUAAUUGUCAAGACUCUCCAUCAGAACAAGAAUUAUUAGUAUCAGAGCUUCACUAUUACGAGACUCUGGCAGCCUUAAAACUGCUGUGUAAAGGAGGUUGUUUUGUGAUAAAAGUAUUUACGAUGUUUGAAGAAGCCAGUAUCACGUUGAUGUAUAUAUUAAAUUGUUGUUUUAAUCAGGUUGAUGUGAUUAAACCCUGUACGAGUAAGCCUGGUAACUCAGAGGUUUAUGUUGUCUGCCAAGAUUUCAUAGGUCAAGGUCAAGAUGAAACAGUCUGUGCAUUACAGUAUAUCGACAAUUAUAACAAUGGUAACUCAUUUUAA